GACUCCGUCUCCAAAAGAUCUCCCCUGAACUUGGCGGAACAGCCUAUUAAAGGCUUACUUAAUUACUCUAAUGACACUGGACAGGCCUUAAAACUCGGACCGGGCUUGGAUGAGAGUUAAGAUCGCUUGCUGGGAUUUGUAAACAGGCGAUCGUGUGAGAAACGCGAGUUGGAAGAAAAAGGGAUUCUUUUUUCGCCGGCUUUGUUUUCAGUGCGCACAGUGCGCCCCGCCGGAUCAGCCGAUCCCAGCGCUCAGUUCUUAUUUCCCGCCUGGGUUGUUACUAUGCAAAUAAUAUUCCAAAAGUAAUCACGUGUCUUUUGAACAGCCACGUGGAUUAACAAAGCAGGUUUGCCCCCCUGCUAGCCUAUGGCUUUAGAUUUUUACUAUUUCUUUAACUGAUCCAAAAUGCACACAUUUACCCAAUGCACGUCUCUAAUCCCAUGGAAUAAUUUACACCAUGAAUGCGAGAGUCCCUUGGAUGGAUCCUUUAUAAAGGACAGCUCUCUGCUCAAACCUCAGUCUUCUCCUUCACUUUCCAGACCAGGACAUCUCUACAGCUUCGAGCUAAAUUCAUUUUUAAGACGUUUAUCAGGGAUUCGUUGAUGGCAUCUAAAAUGAAAGACAGGAAGAGAACUCCAAUCUCCCACAAAGUCAUCGAGAAAAGAAGACGGGACCGCAUUAAUCGUUGCCUGAACGAACUGGGAAAAACAGUUCCAAUGGCGUUGGCUAAACAGAACUCUGGAAAACUGGAGAAAGCUGAAAUCCUGGAGAUGACGGUUCAGUACCUGCGAGCGCUCCACUCAGCGGACUUUCCCCGCGGGAGAGAGAAAGGCGAACUACUUGCUGAAUUUGCAAACUACUUCCACUACGGAUACCACGAGUGUAUGAAGAACUUGGUGCACUACCUGACCACAGAGGAUAGAGCUGAAACCAAAGACAUCAAGUACGCAAGGAUCCUCGCCUUUUUACAGUCAAAGUCCCGUGUGGUCACCGAGCCUGUGUUCGGUUCUGUCGGCGCGAUGCCAGAACCGUCUGAAUAUCUUAGCCAGCUGCACUCCUCCCCGGAGCACCAAAACCACAGCCCCAGUGACUCCGUGUACCAACAGAGUCCACCGGGACACUUCUCGUGGCACAGCUCUGCCCGCAGUCCAGGCAUCUCAUACCCAACAGUGCCACUCUCUGCCCACACACAGCAGCACGGUGGAUACUUGUCGCCGGUGCAGGGACUCGAUCACCACUAUUUCAACUUCAUCGGGCACACGCACGCAAAUACGUUUAGUUUGCACAAUGCGCAACACGCCAUGUAAAUAGCCUUGUUUUAUGUUUUUUAUUUAUGCAUAUGGAUCAUGUAA